GCUCCUUCUCUCUCACGCUCUCCUUCGCCAGUCCAUUCCCCUUCUCCAUCAUCUCCGUUACUAUCUGCCUCAGUCUCACCACUUUCCAAUGAGGCUUCUACCACCAGAAACGAUGACUCUACCAAACAUUGGAUUCCUCUUGCCUUUGCCCGGUUGCAGACCUUUCUUUUCCACCUACAACGCGACAAUGUACACCUUGCUGCACGCUCUGCUCAAUUAUCCACCUCUCUAGCCUGGAUAGUAAGUGAGAUAGACCGACUGCUUAGCCUCUCUCACACGGAAAGACAGGACAAUUUUAGUCACCGAUUAUUGUCUUCGAGUCAUCAUCUAGCUAUCCGACUGGCAGAUCUGACUGGUAGACCUGAGUCCGAAGUGUCAGAGACGGAGGCAGAGAAUGCCUCACUUAAGCACCGAACGCAUUCGCAUGGCUCAAUAACUGAGAUAAAGUCUAAAACAAAAACUUUGAAGGUUAGUUGGAUUUUCUGUAUUAUCUAA